UGUAACUCCAGUGGUCUCCAACAGAAUUGGUAUCUAGAAAAACUUCUUAUGACUCAGUGUAGUCUGACAGCCAAGAUGAAGAAAGCCAUGCAUCUACAGGACAUGGAAGUGAAGAAUGCUACAGAGUGGAAGGACAAGAUGAAGAAUCAGAAAUUGAGGUUCAGUGCAGAAUUUACAAAGCUGCAUGACUUCCUGGCUGAAGAAGAGCAACUGUUUCUUCAGAAGUUGAGCAAAGAAGAAGAAGAGACUAAGAAGAAACGGACUGAGAACACAUUACGGCUCCAUCAGAUAAUCACUUCCUUGAAGAAGCUCAUCUUAGAGGUCGAGGAGAAGAGCCAGAGCUCCAUCCUGGAGUUGCUUCAGAAUCCAAAAGAUCUUUUGACCAGGAGUGAGAACCAAGAUGUAAACUAUUCCCUUGAAGUUCUAGAGGUGAAGACUGUGUGCCAUAUACCAUUGAUGAAGGAAAUGCUGAAGCGAUUCGAAGUGGCUAUCAGUGCAGCUGAAGACACAGGUCAUCCCCACCUUGUCUUCUCCCAGGAAGGGAGGUAUGUGAAAAAUGGAGCACCCGCCAGUUCUAGGCCAUUACUUUCUACAGCAUGGAACUACUUUACUGGAUGGAGGACUCCUCAGCAGAACACACACUUUGUGGAGAAAUUUCAACACUUACCAUGUGUUUUGGGAAAAAACGUUUUCACUUCAGGGAAACAUUACUGGGAAGUUGAGAACCGAGAUACCCGGGAGAUUGCUGUGGGGGUGUGUCAGGAGGACGUCAUGGGGAUUGUUGAUAACACAGAAAUGUCUCCUCAUGUGGGCAUCUGGGCUAUUUGUUGGAGUCCUGCUGGCUAUUGGCCCCUAACAGGCUCCCCUGUGAGUCCCACCAAGCUAGAGCCAGCUCUCCACCGGGUAGGCAUUUUCCUAGAUUAUGGGGCUGGAGAUAUCUCAUUCUACAAUGCUGUGGAUGGAGUGCACCUACACACUUUUUCUUGUUCUUUUGUCUCAUGUCUCCGGCCGUUUUUUUGGUUGAGCCCAUUAGCAUCUUUAGUCAUCCCACCAGUGACUGGUGGAAAGUGAUCAUGGCUAUUCUUCCCUGGCCCAAGAAUCCCUACCUAUGUCCCAGGGACACCCAUUUCUUGGCCCUCUUUAACUUCAUAGUGAUCCUUCAUAGUACAUCAGUACUAUCCAUUCAGAACUUUUGUGUUUUGUUCAUCUCCCUGUAUGUCCUGUAGACAGAUACGGCAGAUCCUGUUGGUUGCCUUUCUAGCCACUUGCCCCACUUCUCAGCUUCUCUUCUGGAUCUUUCUAAUUGAACUGUUUGGUGUCCACCCUCUAUGUGAUUCAGGAGAAGCAGUCCCAUGUGAGGUAAUUCUGGCCAAUGAGAUAGGUUGGGAAGUUUUCCAAGGUGGGGAAACUUUCUGGGGAAUAUUUUUGUAGCUUCUAAAAAGAGGUAUUUGGAAAGCCACAGCUCUUUUCUGAUAUUAGCAGCUGUCUUGGAACUGAGGAGAGUACAGUAACAGUGGAAAGGAAGAAAAAACAUGGUCGUUGCUGGCAUCAUCAAACUGUUGGAAUUUCCCUAAUCCCAAACUACUUGUUAUCUGAGAUUAUUGCUCCCUUCUUGUAUGAGGCGAUUUUAGUUGCAUUUUGGUUACUUGCCGUCUGAAGUGUCCUAACUGGUGCUAUAGGCACAUAGCGUGGACAUCCCACCGUUGAGGCUUAUCUCAUUUUUUUCUGAAACUUGACAAAGUAUGGAAUCCACAUUCACUUCAAUUGCAUAAUUCCUCUUUCCAGUAAGUACUAUAUCCUUUACUUUUCUGUAUCAGAAAACUGAGGCAGUCUUCUCUGACUCUGCCCAUGCUACUACUCUCUUCACCUGACCAGGUCUCAGCCGUCAAGUGUUGAUUAUGCUGUCUGUUUGUUAAAAUCAUAGGUUGUAUAUACAAGUUUAUUAAUAUAAUAGGAAUGUUGAAAAACUUUUAAGUAUUUACACUGUGCUAGCCUCUUCACAUAAUGCUUUCCUAUGACUCUUGUAACAGCUUGGUGAGAUGGAGAUUAAAGUCCUAUUUUUACAAGUGAGAAACAAACUUUUAGAGUAACUCACUAAUGAUUGCUUAGCUGGCAAAUGGGAGUGUUGGGAUUAAAUUUAGAUCUGUUUGAGAUGAAAGCCACACUUUUUUCUACUCUGCAUUUAUUUGUAAGUAUUUAUUGAAUGCAGAUUGUAGGUCAGCAUAAAUUUGUUUCUUAUUUUCUUACAUGUUUUUAUCCUCUAUAUGUGUUUUUCUCUUUACCUUUAUACUCUCAAUUGUAAGCACUCAAGAGGAUUGUGGAAGUUACUGGAUAGUUAUUUUAAAAAUAAUGAUUGUUGCUCUCGUUAUAAAAGUUGUGCACUACUUAUAGAAAAUUUGGAAUGUACAAAGUGUGUAAAGAAAGUCAUCAGUGGUCCCACCAUUACUAACAUGUUAAUGCGUUUUCUCCUAGAUUUUCAAUAGAUUUUCUGGCAGUGAUUUAACAAGGCUUCUUUCACAACUUCUAGCACCCUCCCUAACUCUUCUCCCCCUUCCUGUGGCCCAGCCCAUUCUGGCUUAUCUUCCUAUUCAGCCAGGCCAAUACGAUUUCAUUUAAUGCUUUCUGCUGAGUUCUUAACUCUCCAAGUUACUUGAGGUUAUGAGUUGAAUGUGUCCUCCAAAAAGCUAUGUUGAAGUCCUACCUGUGAGUAUGACCUUAUUGGGAAAUUAAGUUGAGGUCAUUAGGGUGGGACUAACCCAAUGUGACUGGUAUUCUUAUAAUUAGAGGGAAAUUUGUAAACACAUACACACACACACGAAAUGCCAUGUGAAGACAUGGAAGAUGGCUAUAGGAGAGAUUGGAAUUAUCAAGCCAAGGAAUGCCUGGGCUUCUAGAAGCUGGGAAAGGAAGGAAGAAUCCUCCCCUAGAAGCUUCCAAGAGAGCAGGGUCCUGCCCACACCUUAAUUUUGGACUUCUGGCCUCCAGACUGUGAGACAAUACAUUUCUGUGGUGUUAAGCCAACCAGUGUGUGGUACUUUUUAACGGCAACCCUAGGAAAGUAAUAGGUUCCAUCAGGACUUCUUCUAGUACCCGCCUUGUUAAUUUCCAGUCCUUGGGAAACUUAUCAAUACCUUUACUCCUCUCUUUGUUCUGGGCUGUUGAGCCAGGUUGAUUGGCUGUGCUCCAAAGUCUUACUCUGCCCUAAAGAGGGCUCUUUGAGCUGCUUGGUAAACAAACUUCAAUUUUUGAUCCCUUGACUUCCUUUUAUAUCUCUGGUGGCAGUGAUUCCAAGCUUUUUCUUCUUUUCUCAAGCUUUCAUGAGCUGCCUUCAUACCACUCUAGCUGGGGUAAAACUUUACUUCUACCUAUCUUAGGUUUUCAGAUAGGAUUCUAACAAAAAAUUAACAAGAAAAAGAACAGUUUAUUAACACAUGCAGCACAUGACACUUGAGAGAAACUAAAAUGAAGAGUAGCUCAAAUUGGAGGCUUAGCAUUCUGACUUACAUAGUAUCUUCAACAAAGACCAAUAAAUUUGUGGAGAAAUAACAGGACAAAGGAAAGCAGUGUUAGCCUCCCCAGGGUGGCAGGUUGCAGGAAGGUAAAUAUAUGUGAGGAAACUAAUGGAGUAGUUUGUUUGCAGAUUCUUCUGGUGCUGUGUCUGGGUUAAGAGGCUGCCUCCAGUAAAAGGAGAAUUUGUAUCUUGCCUUUAGGCAGAAAAGGGGGGGUGUGCUUUUCCUGGAUUUCCUGCUGCUUAUUUGUCUCAGCUCAACAUAACUUACAUGUUAGGCAUAUUUUGGGACACAUUAGGGUCCUUUACUACUUAUUAUUGCAAAGAACUUGCUUCUUUUACUGAGAAAAAAUUUUUUUCUGGUACUGUACCCAAUUCUUUGUUCUUUUUUUGAGUCUUGAUAUUGGCCCCGCUCAUAUACUGAGUAUGGGAUGGGACCCAUGUGUUGUAUUUACUAAAACUCAAAUAAGCUUUUCUGAUGUACAAACAAGAUUGAGAAUAAACUUGUAAUAGCUUUCAAUUUUA